AAUGCUCCAAUGCGGAGUCAGUGCAGAGCUCAGUCACAACGUGAUCAGUGUGGGAAGACAACAGAGUCCAGCUCUGCAGGCCUGGUGCAUGCUGGGAUGCUUUCAACACGCCCACUCCACCACAGCUUGCUUUUACUUUGUAUAUGUGCUGCUCAUGGAUGGAUCAGGACAGGCCCUGACACAGACGUGUAGAUAACCCCCUACGAGACCCUCAGGCUGAACUCUGCUGAUGUCUGGUUGGUUGUCUCUUGGCAGACCGACUCUAAUACACCGACUUGUGUUUGUGGUCACCGUCAGUAAUUAAACGUGUAGAGACCCGCAACGUGUCUGUGCAGCCUCGUACAACGUCCAAACACUGGUUCCGCUCCUCUCCCCCGAGGCACAUCUCCACCUCCCACCACCACACUGAAAGCAGACGCCAAUCAGCGCGGUUGCUAUGGAAACUGGGGCGGUCCGGCAGCGAGGCAGCGCUCGGCUCCGCGUCUCCCCGCACACAGAAGCAGAUCUGAUCGGCGGCAGGUGCCACGUCGAGGGUCCUGAGCAGCAGAUGGUUCAUCAGCAGCUGACUGUGGACAGAGGAGCCGAAACAGGAGGUGUGAAAAUCAUCUAGCUUCACCGUGGAGACAGACCAUGGUGACAGAGGACGGACAGGACGCCCAGCGAGCAGAGACAGUCGGUCUGAAGAGGAAGCUGACGGGUCCUCGGAGGCUGCUGCUUGGAAAAACCAGGACCAGGAGUGUGGGGGAGGACAGACCUGAAACGAUAAAAGACAAGAUGGGAAACAGCGAUGGGGACGACUCCUCGGCUGCUGCAGCAGAGACCGGAGCCACCGAGCUGGACGAAGAAGUUUUAUUGGAAGUAAACAGAGAGAGACGCUGUGAGGACACGGGUGAUGACGAUGCCGUCAGAAACAGGAAGGUGAACAGACACAGGUGGUGGAGGAGGUUCACCUCGGUGCCGGUUUGUAUCAGGAGACAAAAGAAGAAGAUGGAAGAAAGAUCAGAGAAACAGCAAAAUCAAGAGGCAGAUGCUGCUUUAUUAAACACCACAGAAGAAAACAGUGAGCAGGUUUCUCAAGAGAAGAAGAGGUUUAACAUGAGGAUGAUGCUCAAAAGGUUCGUGACUUCAUCCGAAGUCCGGACUCACGAGCUGACGAGAGAGUCUGAUGAGAAAGACGGUGACAAAUCGUCACUGACCUUCCAGAACAAACUGAGAAGGUUCUUCACCAGAGGAGGGAGGAGCAGAUUGUCCGGAGUCCCUCUGGAAAACAUGGAGGAGGUGAUGAAGAUGGAGGAGGCUCCGUGUCCAUCUGAUGCUCAGGUAGACAAAUGUUCCAACAGGGAUGGAGCUGAUCUCAGCUCAGAGGUUGUGACUGUCAUGGCAGAGAUGAACGUCCAGCGGACUGAGGAUCGAGUUGUAGCAGAGGAUCCAGAACCAUCUCCACCCAAAGAGGAACUGGAAGGUGACGACACCGAGGAGGGUUUGAUGAACUCUACAGACAGAUCACAGCUGAUCCACACUGACAGUGAGGUUAUCAGAGUCACCCUGGACUCAGACAAGCCUCCUGUUCGUGGCUUAGUCGAGGAUGUAUCGUUGGAGAAAGAUGAGGUUUUCGUUGUCGUCCUGGACAUCGAUGGUCACCUGUCAGCCUCCACUGUUUCACCUGAGGAGGCCUGUGAGGCGCAUCAUGAGGAGAAGAUGGAUCAAACUAACUCACAGCCCUUUCAGCCACUGACCAACGGACCCUCCAUCCGGAUCGAGCUGGUUCCUCCAGAUGACAUCAGUCUGGAGGAUGAAGAGGAGGAGUGUUGGGAGGGUGGAUCCUCCUCAGAGAACCAGAACCACCUCCUCCUGCUGCUUGGCACCGACCACAGUGAGCGCAGCAGACAGAGCCAGCCAGAGACCAACUCGGGAGCACAGCGGAGCAGUUAG